AUGUCCGCGCAAUACAAUAAAGGUAUCAGUAGGAGAAACAUCGAUACGCGCAACAAAUCGUUUGAUAAUACCGUGGGCAGUGAUGAUGACGACGAUUCGGAUACGCUAACUGAGUUAUCCCGCGAGUCGCUGACUAGCAGCCAGGACCGAAGCAGUAUCGGUUCUAUUCCAUGGGCAGAAGAUGCCAUCAAGCAGAACCAGAUCGAAUGGGAGCGAAUUGACCGGAUGUUUUACGGCGAGGAAGACCUUCCAUCAGAUCCGAAGCUUCGAGAAGAAAUAAUAGAAUGGACAUCUGUUUUUCCGUUCCUGCGUGUGACGGGUAAGUCGAUAGUCAUCGUCGAGUCACCGCAGGCGAAAGGAAAUGAUCCGUUUCACGAUGAAGUAUUCGUGGUGGACCCCCCGCUGGGUAACCGAUCGCGUUCCUCCCGAUCUGGGAGGGAUGGUCAGAACAAACAGUCGACGAAAGACAUCGACUGCGUGUUUACGUCUGGAGACCUGGACAAAUGUUUAUUCAUUAGUUCGGGCCAGAUAUUUCAUCAGAGCAAUCAGCCUAACCAGGCCAAAAUUAGACAGCGCUGUGGAGCAGAUCUCAGCCCAGAGUGUGGAGAAAGGAUGGAGAAACCAUUCAUAAAGGUGAAACCCCUGAACAGUCUGAUGGUCCCUCAGGUGCCUGUCGUAUCGGUUCGGUCGUUCGGGCUCCUAAUAUCAAACCAUUGCGUCGGUCCAGGUAGCUAUCAGGGUCUGUCUGGCGGCAGCAGAAAUUGCAGUGCACAAUCAAUAACACAUCUGAGCCAACACAACACAGACGGCAACAAUCUCGGAGGACGCAGCAGAAACGGGAAUUUGCAACGAAAAUUGGCACCUUUGCCUCACCGGCCCCCGCAACAGCAGCAGCAACACCAAAAAUCUUCAAAAGCUGUUGAAACUACAAUAUUAUCCGCUUCGGCAACACAUCAUCGCAUCCCACCGUUGGCGAAGAACUAUAAGUUUCUGGUGCAAAAUAGCCACGUCGCUCCAACGCUCUUGGCAGAGAUUGAGCAGCGUCACCAUAGCAAACUAAAUGUGGUGAAAUCGGCAACUACACGAUACAUGGCGACGUCGCCGACCAAGCAUAUAUUCGCACUGCCGUCUCUUGCGGGAAUCGACAGUUUGGUUCAUCCCAAUCGUGUCACAGGUGCGGUUGCUUUACAGCGGAGCCCGAUCAAGAGUCGAGCAUUUCGCUCUGAAGUAAUCGGCCGAUCCAUAUCAGCUGCUGUAACGCAAAAAGGAAACCCAAUCUAGUGGGAAACAUAGCAUGGAAAAGCAUUCAGAAAACCGUCCGUCUAUUUAUUGAAUACGCUUCAACUAAGUCAGAGCAAGCAAGCAUAACGAAUGUAUAUGAUUUAGAUUGUAAGUUACAUAUUUGCUGAAAAUCAAACAGACUAUGAUCUCAAUUAAAAUAAAAACU